GGACAGCGCGGGCGGCGGGCAUGGCGGGCGCGGGGCUGCGGACGACAGCCUGGCGCUGGAUGUUGUGCGGAGGUAACGGCGGGCCACGAGCAGCCUGGUCCUCGUCCUCCUGCCCUGGCUGCGGUCCUCCGGGUCCCGGGGUCCCCUGCCCGGGCGGCACGCGCCCUGUGCUCAACCUCGCGCCCGCUGGUGGCACUGACCCUAGCGCGCACCUGUGGGCUCGUUACCAGGACAUGAGGAGACUGGUGCACGACCUCCUGCCCCCUGAGGUUUGCAGUCUACUGAACCCAGCGGCCGUCUAUGCUAACAACGAGAUCAGCUUGAGCGAUGUUGAAGUCUACGGCUUUGACUACGACUACACACUGGCCCAGUAUGCAGAUGCUCUGCACCCUGAGAUAUUCGGUGCUGCUCGGGAUAUCCUGAUAGAGCACUACAAGUACCCAGAAGGGAUUCGGAAGUAUGACUACAACCCCAACUUUGCUAUCCGUGGUCUCCACUAUGAUAUCCAGAAGAGCCUUCUGAUGAAGAUUGACGCCUUCCAUUAUGUGCAGCUGGGAACUGCCUACAGGGGUCUCCAGCCCGUGCCAGAUGAGGAAGUGAUUGACCUCUACGGGGGCACCCAGCACAUCCCACUUUACCAGAUGAGCGGCUUCUACGGCAAGGGUCCCUCCAUCAAGCAGUUCAUGGACAUCUUCUCACUCCCGGAGAUGGCACUGCUGUCCUGUGUGGUGGACCACUUCCUGGGUCAUGGCCUGGAGUUUGACCAGGCGCACCUUUACAAGGAUGUGACGGACGCUAUCCGAGAUGUGCACGUGAAGGGCCUCAUGUACCAGUGGAUCGAGCGGGACAUGGAGAAAUAUAUCUUGAGAGGAGAUGAAACAUUUGCUGUCCUCAGCCGCCUGGUAAAUCAUGGGAAGCAGCUGUUCCUCAUCACCAACAGCCCUUUCAGCUUUGUGGACAAAGGGAUGAGGCACAUGGUGGGUGCCGAUUGGCGCCAACUCUUCGAUGUGGUCAUCGUCCAGGCGGACAAACCCAGCUUUUUCACCGACCGGCGCAAGCCUUUCAGAAAACUCGAUGAAAAGGGCUCGCUCCAGUGGGACCGGAUCACCCGCCUGGAAAAGGGCAAGAUCUAUCGGCAGGGAAACCUGUUUGACUUUCUGCGUCUGACGGAAUGGCGGGGCCCCCGUGUGCUGUACUUCGGAGACCACCUCUACAGUGACCUGGCGGACCUCAUGCUGCGGCAUGGCUGGCGCACAGGCGCCAUCAUCCCUGAGCUGGAGCGGGAGAUCCGCAUCAUCAACACAGAGCAGUACAUGCACUCUCUGACCUGGCAGCAGGCGCUGACGGGGCUGCUGGAGCGCAUGCAGACCUACCAGGAUGCAGAGUCCAGGCAGGUGCUGGCUGCUUGGGUGAAGGAGAGGCAGGAGCUGAGGUGCAUCACCAAAGCACUCUUCAAUCCUCAAUUUGGGAGCAUCUUCCGCACCUUCCACAACCCUACCUACUUCUCACGGCGCCUUGUGCGCUUCUCCGACCUCUACAUGGCCUCCCUCAGCUGUCUGCUCAACUACCGUGUGGACUUCACCUUCUACCCACGCCGUACCCCGCUGCAGCACGAGGCCCCCCUCUGGAUGGACCAGCUGUGCACCGGCUGCAUGAAGACACCCUUCCUCGGAGACAUGGCACACAUUCGCUAAGGGUACCUUUAUUGUAUUGUCCGGGAUAGUAGGCCCCUUGCCCUCCUGUCCCACCCACUUUAGGCAUUUGUCCAGACGAGCAAUAAAGGCCGUCCGUCUCCUUCC